AUGGACAAGUUAUUGCUUACACUUUAUUUCAUAUUCUUGGCACCUUCACCAACAGAAUCUGGAUUCUAUGUUCCACAUCUACCAUCUAGACGCUACGUUCAGGAAGGAGACAUAAACUUGGGCGCCCUUUUUCCAAUAAGUAGUUAUAGCACCACAAAGGCAUGUGGAGACGGCUUGAGAUCGACUUCAAUUCUACAGUUUGUAGAGGCUUUGGUUUACUCAGUAAACGAAAUUAACAAUAAUUCCAACAUACUGCCAAAUAUAACAUUAGGCUUUGCAAUUCUGGACGACUGUUUGAAAGAAACAACAACAAUUGCCCAGUCACUGUCCUUCGUACCGGAGCCACAGUCCUGUCAGGAGACCUGCGCAAACAACACAAAGAUGACGUCAACUCCACGAUAUGAUGUAGUCGGCGUAGUUGGAUCACUUAAAAGCUCGAACAGUAUAGCUGCAGCAAGUCUUCUGGGACCGAUACAAAUUCCGCAGGUCAGCUACUCGUCCACAAGUGACGAACUUUCUAAUAAAGAACUCUACCCGUAUUUUUUAAGGGUGGUGCCUCCGGACGAGUUCCAAGCAGAAGCCAUAGUCGGUCUGAUUGCUCACUACAGUUGGUCGUACAUCUCUAUCGUUUACACGGAAGGUAGCUACGGCGAACUAGGAUACAAAAAUAUCAAGAGAUUGACUGAUUCGAGAGGAAUCUGUAUUGGAUCUGCUAAUAUGGUCAGCGAAGGAUCGGGAAGUAAAGACUACACUGAAAUUGCUAAAGAUCUCUUGGAUAAUCUGAAUGCCAGAGUGGUCAUAGUGUUCGCGGGGCCAACUCAAACAAAGGGUCUCUUUACUGCUCUGAAGGAAUUGGGCUUGACGAACUAUUUCAUAUUUAUUGGAAGCGAUGCCUGGGCUAAACGAAUAAAGCUUCUGGGAGACGUAUGGGAUGUCGGAUUGGGGGCGUUUACGGUUAGCUUUUAUUCUCGAGAAGAUCCUUUGUAUACAGACUAUUUCAAGACUAUCCGUCCAGAAGCAGAUGUUCGUAAUCCGUGGUUCAGAGAAUUUUGGGGUAAACAUUUCAAGUGUUCCUUUGAUUCCGUCAUUUCCCCUUGUAAUGUUGACGAUGUCCUGUCGUUUGAAAAUGGAUUUAAAGCAAUUUCAACGGUUACACCAGUCAUGGACGCGGUUUCAACGUUUGCUAAAGCUAUAGAUAGUUUACUCAAAGACAAUUGCCCUUUAGCUGAUUCCGCCACGGCUAGGGAUUGUAUUUCUGGACCUCUUUUAUUGGAAUAUUUAAAAAAUACGACAUUCAGUGGACGUAAUGGAUUGAUCAGAUUUGACGCAAAUGGGAAUGCGUUGGGAAGCUACAUCAUUGAUCAGCUUAUCACCGGAAGUCCUUAUGCUCAAGGGAGAGUUGCAACCUAUGAUGCAUUCACUAAACAACUUACUAUGGAUGGUGAAGUCACGUUUGAACAUGUUACCAACUUUGGAACCCAUCAUCCGGAAUCUAUUUGUAGUAGACAAUGUGGUAUAGGAGAGUUUCUGAUCCAACAAGAAUUGUCGUGUUGCUGGCUCUGCAAAUCUUGCAGAUCUAACGAGAUGGUGACCAAUAACGGAACAAGUUGUGAAUCUUGUCCAAUGUUUGAAUGGCCAGAAUUGGAGACUGAUUUGAAAUCUUGUUCGCCGAUUCCUCCUGUUACCAUAGACUGGUCGGAACCGUUUGCGAUCAUGUUGGUGACGUUUUCUUUCAUCGGUAUUGUACUAGCUAUCAGCAUAUUAGUAUUCUAUAUCAAGUAUAACGAAUCAAGCUUCAUCAAAGCUUCAAGCCGAGAUCUGAGUUAUUUCAUGUUGACUGGUGUGUGUAUAGGCUAUCUUACUGUUUUUGGAAUGGUUACCAAGCCAGAGACGUGGAGCUGCAAGAUGGUCUUCUUCUGCUUCUGCAUCAGCUUUACAUGUAUAUACGGACCUCUUCUCACGAGAACAAUUAGAAUAUAUAGGAUUUUCGAAUCCGGAAAGAAAUCAAACAAGCGACCGAGGUUUAUUGGAUCAAAGACGCAGAUUGUCAUUGCUAUGUUAUUCGUCUUUGGGCAGGUUGCUAUAUCCAUCGUUUUUGUUUUAUGGUACAGUCCAGAGGCAACUCGCACGAUGCAGGUUCCGACCCAGAAAUACGUCGAGUUAAGUUGUAAUAUGCCGCUGGCGGGUUUGAUAUCCUUUUUGUCGUAUAACAUUCUUCUGGUGCUAACCUGCACAUACUUCGCCUUCAGAACCAGAAAAUUACCAGACAAUUUCAACGAAUCGCGUUUCAUAUCCAUGUGCGUUUACACAACGUUGGUCAUCUGGCUUGCAUUCAUUCCGACCUAUUUUACCGCCGGUAGAGAAUAUUUGAAAACGGUAUCCUUGGCUAUAGCCCUAAUCUUGAACAGUACGGUAGUGCUACUGUUCCUAUACUUGCCCAAGAUCUACGCUACCAUCUACCUGCUCGAGCACAACAGUAGAGUCUUCAGUAAAGCCACCAGGUCAUUUAAUUUGACGACAAUGAGCGGUCAGAGUGUAAACAAAAUUGAACCCGUGUCCGUGGCUUGA